CAAAUUGAUUGGUCACUCAGUACUUCCUGGUGGUUCCGAUUGGUUGGCAGGUAUUGAGGGAAAAUUAAAACAGACGUUUGAACUACCCAGGAUAGGAUUUAUAUUUUGGGUCAGGAGCAGUCGCUUUUCAGGGCUGCUGUACGUUAGGGAUUACUGGAGAGAAGUGUGAUGGGAGAUGUGGCCGAACUUCAGAUCACGCCAGCCACACCUGGGCGGCCAACAAUUCUCAACCCUUUCGAAAGCCCAAAUGAUUACCAUCGACUGCACGAAUCCACUGUCGCCAGUCCAUCCCUCUUCAGGUCAAGAGCUUCAUCAGCUACCCCGGCAAAGUUCAAGUGGUCAAUCGAUGAAAUGGCGACUUUACUCCCAGUUGAUAUUGACCCUGAAGACAUUCACCGACAAUCCAUGUACUUCAGUCAAAACAGGACCGAUACAGAAAUUGAGGAAAAGUGUCAGAAUGCGAUUGAACAGUUUUUCACAAACGGUCCGAUUGUUCCUUCCCCUUGGGCUUCGUCAUCAAGCAAACUGUCAACACAAAUGCACAUUUUAAAGAGUUCCAUGUCCCCAGAAAUCCCAGAGGAGGAAGUCCCUGCUGGGAGAUGCAGUGCUGCCAGUCAGACGGUACUUUCUUUACCUGUGGAUUUUGAUCUGGAAAAGGUCUUGGGGGAGCACUACAGGCUGGAGGACGUGUCGGAGCAGGUCCAGGACAGCCUGAGCUCGUCCUCGCUGAGACGGAAGCUCUUCCUGGACGGGAUCGGGAGCGGCUCGGAAUCCUCCACCCCUUCCAGCCCCGACCACAGCGCUCCGCAGCCGGGCUCCGGGAAUCUGCCGGGCGGCGCCAGCGUCUCCCCGCUGCGGUGCGGACCGCCGGUCAUAACGCCCACCUCCGGUCAGUUCUCUUCCAGCCCGAUUCAGAGCAGAGGCAGAGCCUACAGCCUUGGCAGUGCGGCCAGCCCGUUGUUCCCUCAAAGGCCGACUUCAGGGUUUAAGUCCCCAACGCUGUCUCCCAUCGUUCUGCAGUCUGUGCAAACGCCAGUCUCAGGGGAGAAGAGGCAGCUGAGGUUCGUGACCCCCGAGGGCGUGGCGGCGGGCGGAGUCAGCGCCGCUAACCGCACAGAGAGCCCGUACGUGGAGGGCUGCUCGCCCAUCAAGAGCUCCUCCCCCAUCCGGCCCCCGGCCCGGGGCUGGGCGCCCUCCGUCUCGCAGCUCUCCCCCACGUUCAGCCCCGGCCCCGCACCACAAAAUGGCCGCCGUCGGAGCGCCGGCCCGGCGCCGCCCAUGGACGUGGAGCCGCUGGACUCCUCCCCCGCGGACCGCGGCGGUAAGGAGGCGGUCCCCAUGGAGACGCGGGACGCGGGCGGGGAGGACGCGGCGGGGGCCCCGCCCGGUGAGCGCCAGGACGAGGGCAGCGGCCUGCCCCUCCGCCUCACCAGCUCCCGCUCCGCCAGCAUGCUCCACACGGACAGCUCCGCCAUGUUCGUGUCCCUGCUCACCGACAGCAGCAUGCAGGUGGACAGUGGUUAUAACACGUACUCGAUCGGGACGAACGGCACCAUAGAUGGAGCCAAUUCAGACAGUCAGGCAAAGGAGCUGCUGGAUCCACUAGUACCUGAGGAAGCUUUUUUGUACACCAAGACUCUACAAAUGAAAUCAAAGAUGAUUAAUCUACACCACUAAUGACGGGUACACGCACACACCCCUCCCCCAGACGCUGAAGAUGACACCACAGCCAGGUUCCCAGUGUUCAUGCACUCGUGCCAUUCGUUAAAAGGGAAAUAUUAAGUACUAAUGCUCCUUUGCUUGCACAAAUGCCAAUUCUUGUUUAUAAAGUUAUAGUAUUUAAUAUUCUUUAUAGUUCAAAUGAAUUAUGGACUAUCAGAUCACAUCACCAAAACACCUGCAGUUUUUGUUUAAAUGUUUUUUAUUUAUAAUUUUGUAUUUUUGGGAAUGUGGACUUGAUCGUUGCAUGGCGUAGCAUUAAGGUCAGGUGAAGAAUGGGAGAGGAGCUGGCGGACUGUAUAUUGCAGGUUUUAGGAAUUUUGUAUUGUUGUUCAAAUGGGUUAACUCCUGCUAAGAACCACUAAGAAGUUAUGCUGCUUCAGAAUAAAUGGUUUUUAUUUUGGUUCUUGUGACAUUAUUUUUCUGUGAACAGAUUGCUUUUAGCGAUGUGUACAUUGUCACAUAUUUAAUAAAAACAAGUUCAAAAACACA